AACCAAACGGAGGAUGGGAUGCGUAAGGAGCUGGUAGCUCUGCAGGAAGACAAACACAACUAUGAGACUACGGCCAAAGAGUCCCUGAGGAGGGUCCUGCAGGAGAAGAUAGAGUUGGUCACGAAGCUGUCAGAGGUCGAGGUGAGACUGACCUUCCUGUUCAGUAGGGUUAGCGUUAAGGCUAGGUAGAGGUGGUCAGGAAGCUGUCAGAGGUCGAGGUGAGACUGACCUUCCUGUUCAGUAGGGUUAGCGUUAAGGCUAGGUAGAGGUGGUCAGGAAGCUGUCAGAGGUCGAGGUGAGACUGACCUUCCUGUUCAGUAGGGUUAGCGUUAAGGCUAGGUAGAGGUGGUCAGGAAGCUGUCAGAGGUCGAGGUGAGACUGACCUUCCUGUUCAGUAGGGUUAGCGUUAAGGCUAGGUAGAGGUGGUCAGGAAGCUGUCAGAGGUCGAGGUGAGACUGACCUUCCUGUUCAGUAGGGUUAGCGUUAAGGCUAGGUAGAGGUGGUCAGGAAGCUGUCAGAGGUCGAGGUGAGACUGACCUUCCUGUUCAGUAGGGUUAGCGUUAAGGCUAGGUAGAGGUGGUCAGGAAGCUGUCAGAGGUCGAGGUGAGACUGACCUUCCUGUUCAGUAGGGUUAGCGUUAAGGCUAGGUAGAGGUGGUCAGGAAGCUGUCAGAGGUCGAGGUGAGACUGACCUUCCUGUUCAGUAGGGUUAGCGUUAAGGCUAGGUAGAGGUGGUCAGGAAGCUGACAGAGGUCGAGGUGAGACUGACCUUCCUGUUCAAUCCACCUAAUUUUCUAAAGCUUUUAAAACAUGGAAGCCAAAUGCGGAAACUAUGGAUACAACUUCCUCCAUGCUUGUGCAUUGUUUUAAUUCAAAUGCGCGCCACUAGAAAUCUCUGCAUGUUUCUGUUACCUGAUACAUCAUGACAAAAUACACCAUAUUACUAUCCUGCUAUUUGUGCCUCGACCUUGUAGGCUAAACUGCUGAGGAAAAAAGCCAUAACUGAAACGAAUGGUUGCCCAAUCAGGCAACCUAGAUGCACUCAUUUCUAAAUGAAUAUGCGUUCAAAACACCAGGCUUUUGAGUGGUUAUUCAAAUAACAUGGGCUAUUCACUGCAGAAAAUGAUUAUAACAUUCUUUAUUACAUUGUGUUGUUGUAGCCUGGGUAGGAUAUAUUUGUUGGCCCUAAAAUAUGGUAGUUUUUGGAGCUGGAUCCCGGGGCACAUAGUGUAGCUACCUAGGAAUUCAUUACAUAGUGUAGCUACCUAGGAAUUCAUUACAUAGUGUAGCUACCUAGGAUUUCAUUACAUAGUGUAGCUACCUAGGAAUUCAUUACAUAGUGUAGCUACCUUGGAUUUCAUUACAUAGUGUAGCUACCUAGGAAUUCAUUACAUAGUGUAGCUACCUAGGAAUUCAUUACAUAGUGUAGCUACCUAGGAAUUCAUUACAUAGUGUAGCUACCUAGGAAUUCAUUACAUAGUGUAGCUACCUAGGAUUUCAUUACAUAGUGUAGCUACCUGGGAAUUCAUGAUCUGAUCAACUUUUUUUUCUUUCGCUGUGUAAAUUGACUGGAUAUAUUCUCUGCAGUAUUAAGCCUAACAUUGAGUUUAUGAAUUCUGGGAUAAUAUGCAUAGCCUAUGCUUCUAACCUAGGAUGUAGGCUACGUCUGUCUUCAUUGUUCUGUUGUUCAAGUACCAUGUUCGUUAGCCUGCUAACAGCCUAUUGGAGGAGAGAAUAGGCUACAGCAUUAACAGGUGGGGAGUUGGAAAGGAGAAGCCCAUAUUUUCCUAUAGUUAACACCUGCCUGCAUCCUGACAACAUACACCAGAUGAGUGUCCUGCUAAUGUACCUUUCUGGACCUUCUUAACUGUAGAGAACAGACCCAGACUGAUCCAAAUGGUUGCAUGACCAGGCCUAGUGAGAACAGACCCACACUGACCAGGCCUAGUGAGAACAGACCCACACUGAUCCAAAUGGUUGCGUCACCAGGCCUGAGCGGUUAUUCAAAUGAUCCUGCAUCAGUUUACAGCCCAUGGAUAGUAAUUGUGUAUUCACUUGAUAACAAUAAUACAUUCCUCGUUGCACUGUGUUAUUGUAGCCUCGGUAGAAUAAUGUUAUUGUCUAAAAACGUAGGCCUGUGCCAUCAUCAAUGUUGAGCUUUGGGUGGGGUAGAGAUAGAGGGGGGACCACAGAGCGCAGCCUGGAGCAACGCACUACAGAGCUGCCAUUUCAUCAUCUGUUUACUUAUUUUUCUUGCACUUUGAUAGGGAAAUAUUUAGCCUUAAUAUUUAGCUAAUGAAUGGCCUAAUAUCUAGCUAAUAUUUAGCUAAUGAAUGGCCUAAUAUCUAGCUAAUAUUUAGCUAAUGAAUGGCCUAAUCUAGCUAAUAUUUAGCUAAUGAAUGGCCUAAUCUAGCUAAUAUUUAGCUAAUGAAUGGCCUAAUCUAGCUAAUAUUUAGCUAAUGAAUGGCCUAAUCUAGCUAAUAUUUAGCUAAUGAAUGGCCUAAUAUCUAGCUAAUAUUUAGCUAAUGAAUGGCCUAAUAUCUAGCUAAUAUUUAGCUAAUGAAUGGCCUAAUCUAGCUAAUAUUUAGCUAAUGAAUGGCCUAAUAUCUAGCUAAUAUUUAGCUAAUGAAUGGCCUAAUAUCUAGCUAAUAUUUAGCUAAUGAAUGGCCUAAUAUCUAGCUAAUAUUUAGCUAAUGAAUGGCCUAAUAUCUAGCUAAUAUUUAGCUAAUGAAUGGCCUAAUAUCUAGCUAAUAUUUAGCUAAUGAAUGGCCUAAUCUAGCUAAUAUUUAGCUAAUGAAUGGCCUAAUAUCUAGCUAAUAUUUAGCUAAUGAAUGGCCUAAUAUCUAGCUAAUAUUUAGCUAAUGAAUGGCCUAAUAUCUAGCUAAUAUUUAGCUAAUGAAUGGCCUAAUAUCUAGCUAAUAUUUCGCUAAUGAAUGGCCUAAUAUCUAGCUAAUAUUUAGCUAAUGAAUGGCCUAAUAUCUAGCUAAUAUUUAGCUAAUGAAUGGCCUAAUAUCUAGCUAAUAUUUCGCUUACACAUCUCUAGCCUCUCUCUUCUAGCUGUUCCCGUGCCAACAGGCUACAGGUAUCUGUGGGUUAGAGACCUCAUGGUCUGAACCAGUAUCUGUGGGUUAGAGACCUCAUGGUCUGAACCAGUAUCUGUGGGUUAGAGACCUCAUGGUCUGAACCAGUAUCUGUGGGUUAGAGACCUCAUGGUCUGAACCAGUAUCUGUGGGUUAGAGACCUCAUGGUCUGAACCAGUAUCUGUGGGUUAGAGACCUCAUGGUCUGAACCAGUAUCUGUGGGUUAGAGACCUCAUGGUCUGAACCAGUCUCUGUGGGUUAGAGACCUCAUGGUCUGAACCAGUAUCUGUGGGUUAGAGACCUCAUGGUCUGAACCAGUAUCUGUGGGUUAGAGACCUCAUGGUCUGAACCAGUAUCUGUGGGUUAGAGACCUCAUGGUCUGAACCAGUAUCUGUGGGUUAGAGACCUCAUGGUCUGAACCAGUAUCUGUGGGUUAGAGACCUCAUGGUCUGAACCAGUAUCUGUGGGUUAGAGACCUCAUGGUCUGAACCAGUAUCUGUGGGUUAGAGACCUCAUGGUCUGAACCAGUAUCUGUGGGUUAGAGACCUCAUGGUCUGAACCAGUAUCUGUGGGUUAGAGACCUCAUGAAUGGUCUGAACCAGUAUCUGUGGGUUAGAGACCUCAUGGAUGGUCUGAACCAGUAUCUGUGGGUUAGAGACCUCAUGGUCUGAACCAGUAUCUGUGGGUUAGGGACCUCAUGGUCUUGUGUUACCACCUUAUCAAUAGACAGUGUGCUGUAGGAUGCGUUGAUCAGUUGAUUGACAGGUGUAGGACUGUAGAACGAUAGACUAACUUUCCUCUAGUGUGGAUGCUCACCAGCGUUUUGUCGUUAUGUAGCCUACAGUUUAUCAUUAUAGUUAUUGGCUUGGUGUAUGGCCUUAAUUCACUCUACCACAACUAACGUUAUUAUUAUCAAAACCAAACUACUAGUAGGUCUAGCUAAUGUUAGCCAACUUGAAUUAAAACCAAACUACUAGUAGGUCUAGCUAAUGUUAGCCAACUUGAAUUAAAACCAAACUACUAGUAGGUCUAGCUAAUGUUUGCCAACUUGAAUUAAAACCAAACUACUAGUAGGUCUAGCUAAUGUUAGCCAACUUGAAUUAAAACCAAACUACUAGUAGGUCUAGCUAAUGUUAGCCAACUUGAAUUAAAACCAAACUACUAGUAGGUCUAGCUAAUGUUAGCCAACUUGAAUUAAAACCAAACUACUAGUAGGUCUAGCUAAUGUUAGCCAACUUGAAUUAAAACCAAACUACUAGUAGGUCUAGCUAAUGUUAGCCAACUUGAAUUAAAACCAAACUACUAGUAGGUCUAGCUAAUGUUAGCCAACUUGAAUUAAAACCAAACUACUAGUAGGUCUAGCUAAUGUUAGCCAACUUGAAUUAAAACCAAACUACUAGUAGGUCUAGCUAAUGUUAGCCAACUUGAAUUAAAUUUAAAUGACACUUAGACUUGUAUACUUGACCUUUUAUGCUCUAGAUAUUGACUCUUUCUAAUAAUUGACUCUGGCACUGCAGUAGGGAGGUAAAGCGUAAGUCGAAUCCAUCGCUUCCGUUGUUUGGCUGUUGCCCAUAGCAAUGUUCGGUAAUUAGGUGAAUAGGGUUAGAGUUGAGGCUAGGUAGAGGUGGUCAGGAAGCGGUCAGAGGUCGAGAUGAGACAGACCUCUUCAUACCUGGCUGGGGGCCUGUUCAGUACUGCACAACGUUGCUAAACAAUUUUAAACAUUUGUCUACUGGACAUGUUUAAAUACAUGAUUAAGCUUGACCUGGCUGACUGCGGGCUGGGUGGAGUUCCAUAUUAAUGAUGAUGGGUCUCCUGUGUGAUUUCUCCUUUUAGCGAAGCCUGA